GGCACUGUUUUUCUUGCGCAGACUCCUCGGAAGUGACUGUUUCUUUUAAUCCCUGGUUGUAAAGAUGGAGGCGGUUAGGACAGUGAAGUUUUGUUGGCAGUCUGUUUUAUUGUUGAACGUUUUCUUUAGUUUUACUUCUGCCCUGUAUUUUCACAUCGGGGAGACCGAGAAGAAAUGCUUCAUCGAGGAGAUCCCGGACGAGACUAUGGUUAUAGGUAACUACCGAACACAGCUCUAUGACAAGCAGAGGGAAGAGUACAUGCCUGCUACUCCUGGGCUAGGGAUGUUUGUGGAAGUGAAAGACCCAGAUGACAAGGUGAUCAUGUCCAGACAGUAUGGCUCAGAAGGACGAUUCACAUUCACCUCCCAUACGCCUGGAGAGCAUCAGAUCUGCCUGCACUCCAACUCCUCCAAGUUCGCUCUCUUUGCUGGAGGCAUGCUGAGAGUCCACCUCGAUAUCCAGGUUGGGGAACAUGCCACCAACUAUGCAGAGAUCGCAGCAAAGGAUAAACUGACUGAGCUGCAGCUGCGAGUCCGUCAGCUAAUGGAGCAGGUUGACCAGAUCCAGAAAGAGCAGAACUACCAGAGGUACCGUGAGGAGCGCUUCCGGCAGACCAGCGAGAGCACCAACCAGCGGGUCCUGUGGUGGUCCAUCGUGCAGACCCUGAUCCUCGUCGUCAUCGGCUUCUGGCAGAUGAAGCACCUCAAGAGCUUCUUCGAAGCCAAGAAGCUUGUCUAGAGCUCCCUCCCUUUGAUAUUUAUACACAGUCACUGUAUGCAGUAUGACAGCAGCAAAACAGACUCCUUGUCUGUGUGCCCUGUGAAAAACAUAGAAGUACAGAGUGGGGAGAUAACGUUUCAAAGGCAAGGAAUUUGUCCUCUAUUAAUAGAGAAGUUAAGUGUCCUGAACACCAACUCAUGAAAGUAAUUACAGUCAUCGUUUUGUGCUUAACAAAUUAUUUGCCGUUUUGAAAGGUUAUCUGCUUACAAUUGAAUUGGGGCAGAGAUUUUUUUGAUUUUGAAAAAAAACUUGAAACAUAUUAAGAUUAGUGCAGUACUGGCUUUCAAUGCAAAUGGUCGGUUUAUAAUAAUUUUAAUUUUUUUUCUGGGAGGGGUGGGGGGGCUGACUUAUUUAAUCCCCAAACCAGUCUGUUUCAGAGGACAAAACUAUUAACUCAAAAAAAACAAAAAAAGACAAAAAAAAAAAAAAACAAAGGUUUGAUGUGUUUGAGUUGAAACUUCACAAUCAGCCUGCUGCUUCUAACACAAAGUACCAUAUGACUUUAUAUUUUCUGGGAGAUCCCUCGAGUAAUGUUGCUGGCAUGUGCACGCCACGUGUGCCUGCUUUUGGAACUAUCGCACUGUUAAUGAUCUUUUUUAUGACUAGAAACAGUGGAUGGGAACCCCCUUCUUUUAUAUAGAAAUAAUAUGGAACUACAGACUGCAGUGCUGCAAAAGCAUGUCAAAAUCUCUUGCAGCACCAUCAUCUGAAUUUGUCCCAGUGUUAAUCAGCUAUAAAAAUGAAACUACCCCAAAUGGAAAUUCCAUUUGGUAUGUUAAUCUAUUUAUAGUGGGCUGUAGGGACAUUAGAUCCUUGAAUUUGCAUUCAAUCCUAAUAUUUAUACUAAUAAUAAUGCUAAUUUAUAUUAACUUUUAGGUUAUAUAGCUGUUUUGCCUUGCUUGCUGCAUGUUUGGGUUUGAUUUAAGAAGCAGGGGUGUGGGUGCUUGAUUGGAUUUAGAUGGUUGAGGGUUUUGAAGAGCUUGCUGGAAGCUUGCUGGGUGGAGGUCAGUUAUAUAAUAUGGAUAGAAACAGCUUUAAUAAGCUAAAGGGAUUUUUCAAUUUCUCUCUGUCUGAAGGUAUCGCAUGCAAAUGCUGCUAUUUUUUUUUUAAGAAUGUGGGCGUGGGUACAAGAUUGUUUGUUUAUGGCAAUGAAUACGUUUUAAAUAAAACUUCCCUUUUCCUGUUCAAUUUCAAGAAACAGAUGUUUAUCCCUCAGUUUACUAUAAAACCUUUUUUUUUCUGAUGGUAAUUAAUCAUGCAUGAAGUCAAUCAAUAAGCUUCAUAACAGAAGCACUGUUGUAAUGGUUUGACACGGUGGAGCUUAAUUUCACAAAGCUGUGCUAAGGGAGCCAGGCACUGUACAGUCUGUUAAGCUGCUCUGUAGGCCUGUCUGAAUAAAAACUAAACAUUAUA